AUGAACGCAGAAACGAUGGAGGACAAGAAAUUUACCCAAUCGGCUCCAUGUCGCAGCGCCCCUGUUCCUGCGCGCCCUCCUCCUGCAGCCCGCUGCCCACGCGAGGCCGCGCCGUGCCUGCCCGUGCCUGCCGCGCCGUGCGCCCGCGCUUGCCCGUACCUGCCGCCGCGCCGUGCCUGCCGCCCGCCCGCGCGUGGCCGUGCCGUGCGCCCGCGCGUGGCCGCGCCCGCCCGCGCCGGGUCGCCGCGCCCGCCCGCGCGUGGCCGCCCCGUGCGCCCGCGCCGGGUCGCCGCGAGGCCGCGAGUCGCUUUCGUCGCGAGCGAACCCUAG